AAGUGGGACGGGGACGGUCCUCCCGGCUAUAAUUUCCCCCCCCACUCGGCCUCUGCUGCCAAAGGGGAGAUGUGAUUGAAGGAGUGGGCGGGGUUCGCCUUCUCAUCCACCCGGGGGAGGCUGGAGAGGAGGAAGGAGCGCGCGUGGGGCCCUCUCCUGUCAUUUGCCGUGUAGCAGAUGACUUAAAAUGGCUUCGAGGGGAACCAUGGAGACCAGCAAGCUGAAGCAGAACUUGGAAGAGCAGCUGGACAGGCUGAUGCAACAGCUGCAGGAUCUGGAGGAGUGCAGAGACGAACUGGAUGUCAGUGAGUACGAAGAAACCAAGAAGGAAACACUUGAGCAGCUGAGCGAGUUCAACGACUCCUUGAAAAAAAUUAUCUCUGGCAAUAUGACCUUGGUAGAUGAGCUCGGUGGGAUGCAACUGGCUAUACAAGCCGCCAUUAGCCAGGCUUUUAAAACUCCAGAAGUCAUCAGAAUGUUUGCGAAAAAACAGCCUGGGCAAUUGAGGACAAGAUUGGCUGAGAUGGACAGAGACCUGAUAGUAGGGAAACUGGGAGGAGACCUCUACACUCAGCAGAAGAUGGAAAUCCUCACGGCUCUCCGGAAGCUGGGAGAAAAGUUGACCCCCAGCGAUGAAAUUUUCCUUUCAACGAACGCAGGAACGGCUCUCAACCAGUUUGAGAAGGUCUCGACCGAUCUUGGAUCUGGGGAUAAAGUCUUCGCCCUGGCAAGCUUUGAGGUAGAAAAAUCAAAGCAAUGAAGACUCCUUUUUUUCUUCUUUCCGGAGACUAGAUGCAUUGGACUCUUUUUUUUUAAUCACGUUGUAUUUGUGUGUUUCUUACGAACCUUUUGUAAUAUUUGUUAUUCUAACGGCGAGUUAAUCUAAAACAAACAGGUCGCAGCCUUUUCAAAGUCAGCAACGCGCAUCUUGCAGCUGAAGCACAGAGGUACUUUCUAAAAACAACACAAAACAAAAAAACACCACCAAAAACAUUACAUCCUAAUUUGCUGUUGUUGUCAGCUUUUGUGCAGUUCUGAGAGGUUGGCUCCCUCGCCUUCUGUGUCCAUCAGAUGCACCCUGACCAGUAAAGAGGUUGCACACAACGAGACAAAGCCUCUCUCUUUAGCAGCCUUUUCAAUCUCUACAGCUGCGUUAUGUUGAACUGCUUGCAGGAAAUUGGUCGGUUUUUUUUUUUAAAAAAAAAUGGGGAGUAGGGGCUGCGGAACGCAGGCAGCAGCCCUUGGUGGAAACGGUGCCUCUCUCAAAUCCUAGAUUGCCUACAAGCCGACCGCCUAUUCUUCUAACCUGUUUGAUGUCACUGGGUACGGCUGUACAGCACAGACACGACAGGGCAAACAAUAGCACCCCUGUAAGGAAUUUUCUGGGCCAGUUUAACUUUGUGCAUCGGAAUGACAGUGAGCACAGUGGGAAGCAGCCGAAAGAUGCCGGGGGCCUCUGGCUUCCCUUGUGUUAAGCUCGUAGUGUUACAACUAUGAGCUAUUGUUCUGCCUAUAUGUUCUAAGGGCAGCACGAAACGGUGUCUUAAAUAGAAGUAAGGGGCUACGGGGGGCCCUCCCCUUACGAGUGGCCUGUGCCGUUUCCUGAACAGGGAUUUCGGUGCCCUGCGUCUGUUAGACCUCUCAAAACCGUUGUUUUGGUACGGAACGUUUUUUUAGCAUGAAUCGCGCAACGUUACGAAUGUGUUGCGUUUUCAAGGCUAAUUGAACCUUGGGAAAUGAACCUUGGGAAAUGAGUCAAAUAUUAUCGACUAAAUGUGUCUUCUGCUCCAAGUCGCCCACUCGGAAACAAAAGUGUUGCUUAUUUCUGCAUCUUAUCAACUAUUUUCAGCCCGUUCCAAUUAAACCUGUGAGCAGCCAGUUGAGAAAAGCUCUCAUUAAAAAUAGGAACAAAGGGGGCGAUUGUAUUUGCUUGCUUUACAAACAUCUGUUUUGGAGGAAGGGGGUCUGUGCCCCAACACAUCCCCCCAAAGGGAAACCCAGUUCCCAUGUUGCACCAAGUCAUGCCGUGGUUGGCAGUGUUUUGCUUAGCGGGUUGCGUAAGCCCCGUCACCCGAGGCUUUAGUCAACAAGGUAAUCGAACCAAGCUUUAACGUGAUGCGUUAAAAAGGAGAAAGCAAGGCUCCUAGAGUGCCACGGAAACAUUCAGCCCAUCACUUUCUAUGGUAAGACUAUUCCUGUUGUGAUGGCUGAAUAAUGGCCUAGCCAGACCAACAAUUUGUAGUAGCUUCGUUAUCGAUGGUUAAGAAUUUGUCUGAUCCCUGCACAAGGCAAGCUUUGCUUUAUGCGGUUGCGCCGGACUGUCACACCAGCUUUAAACAGGUGGCUCCUUCUGAACUGGCUUCUGUUGUUAUGCUUGGCUCUCUGCACGUACUCCCCCGCCCAUCCUCCUUUUUUGCACAUGGCUCAUCUCACUUUAAUAAACCAUCUCUGAGAAAUGCAUUUUAUUUUCAUGGUCCAUUUAUAUUUCUCCCUUCCUCCCAUCUUUUAGGAACACCAGGGCUUUCAAACAAGACAUUCCAUUUCGAAUGUAGUUUGUGAGAAGGUAACAGUGGAGUUUAUUUCAUUUUUAGCUUCCGCGUUUGAAAUGUUUGCUUAAAGUGGUUAGAAAUACAGCCUAAGGAGUCUUAAAGUAGGCAUUGGGCACUCUAAAUCGUUUUUAAAAUCCUCUCUGUAAGCAAUCUUGAUUAUGUAAUGUCUAGAAACGAUUAAAAAUAUGUGUCUAAUUGGAUAUGUUACUAUAGGUAGAUGAGAUAGAUAGAUAGAUAGAUAGAUAGAUAGAUAGAUAGAUAGAUAGAUAGAUAGAUAGAUAGAUAGAUAGAUAGAUAGAUAGAUAGAUAAAUGCUGGUGUGACAGUCUAGGCAAAAUAGGAACCCCGCCUUUCUGGAUUUCUGAAUAUAUAGGUUAUUCUCAUGCCUAAAAACUGGUUAGAAGGAAUUGUAUUUUGUGAACUUUCUGUCCUUUUCUCUGCUAUUCAGUUUUCCCUACUUUCCUUAAUUAAAUGCUUCUUUGUGAUAACCUGGCCAUUCUCAGAAAAUUCAGCCCUUAUCUGUGAAUUUCCUAGCUCUUAAGUGGUUUAUUUGUUUUCUUCUGCAAGCCUCUGUUCUCUAUUUUUCCCCCAAUAUUUAUGUGUGAUACUUAGUGAUAUUGCAAUGUGUAAAAUAAGAUAGUUUGACAUGGUGAGAUUAUUUUAAUCUUAAACCGUUAGAAUGCCACACCUUUUAAAUGAGAUUUUUUUUUUAAAAAAAUCAAAAGACGCAUCAAUUUGAUUUUCUAGCGUUGUAACUAUUUGCCUUAAAGUGUCCCCCCAAAUAAUCAUUUUUUGUGUGUUUAUCCAAAGCCAAAUACUAAUUACCUGAGAGGCAGAGGUGGGUUUCAGCAGGUUCUGACCAGUUCUGGAGAACUGGUAGCGGAAAUUUUAAGUAGUUCGGAGAACCGGUAGUAAAAAUUCUGACUGGCCCCGCCCCCAUCUAUUCUCUGCCUCCUGAAUCCCAGCUAAUCGGGAGGAAAUGGGGAUUUUUACAAUAACCUUCCCUGGAGUGAUGUGGGAAUGGAGAUUUUACAGUAUCCUUCCCCUGGAGUGGGGUGGGAAUGGAGAUUUUACAGUAUCCUUCCCCUGUCACGCCCACCAAGCCAUGCCACACCCACCAAGCCACACCCACAGAACCGGUAAUAAAAAAAAAUUGAAACCCACCACUGCUGAGAGGUGGAUCUUACGCAUUGUCUAAUGUUAAGCGUUGUACACACUUCCCCUGAAAGGGGACCAUGCAGAAGGAUGCAUUUUAAGCGUCCGUGGGCUUUGAAAGGGAUGGAAGCAACUUGUUGGCUUCGGAAUGCGUGCCUCGAUUUUGAACCUCUCUUUGUUUUAAAUACGAACCUUUCAACUCUCCAGUCGGUCUGAUGCCUGUUUUUGUUGUCGAGAGAGCUUUCUAGCCGGGAGCCGAGCCCUCUCCUUCAGCAAUUACAUAUAAUCAGCCAAACAGGGACAAGGCAGGCCACAUGGCACCUUCUGAAGCCGGCAACACCUUCAAAAGGCCUCUUGGUCAGCUAUAAAAGGCAAACAGAUGCCUUAAUUGCAAAUCUCCUUCCUUAGAGGAAGAUGAAAUUGGGCCAGAACUCCCCUCUCCUUCACACAGCAUACUAAUUAAUGAGCCUCCAACCGAAGGAUCCCGGAGUGAUGUUUCCAGAUCCCUUUUUUUUUCCUCGCAGCCUGCACGGAAGCCUUCAGCUCGUCUUAAAUAAUUAAUUGUCAUUACUGCCUGCUGUUCCCUGUGUACGUGCUCACGAUGGGUCUCAGAUCACAGCGAUGGGUCUCAGAUCGCAGCGUA